UGCUGGCACGGCGGCGGUUUGGAGUGAAGGUAGCACGUUGAACUGAAAGCUGUGGGAGUGCUGCGACAGAAGGCCUGCGGUGGAGUCCAGUGUCCGGUGGGAAUCCAGAUCCGGCUAGGUGUAGGUCUCCUGGGUAUGGAUCUUGUGUGGAGUGCGUGGUGUGGAAAGUGCGUCAAAGAGAAAGGGUCGUCGCCACUUUGGGCCCAGCGCAUCGUGGUCGCCUGGCUCAGUAGGGCCGAGUGGGAUCAGGUGACGGUGUAUCUCUUUUGUGAUGACCAUAAAUUGCAGCGGUACGCCCUGAACCGCAUCACCGUGUGGAGGAGUAGGUUAGGCAACGAACUACCCCUGGCAGUGGCUUCUACUGCUGACCUGGUACGCUGUAAGCUCAUGGAUGUAGCUGGUGGCUUGGGCCCUGAUGAACUUAGACUGCUCUAUGGCAUGGCGUUGGUCAGGUUUGUGAAUCUUAUCUCAGAGAGGAAGACAAAGUUUGUCAAGCUCCCUCUCAAGUUCCUGGCUCAGGAGAUAAACAUUCCGGAUUGGAUUGUUGAACUUCGCCAUGAGUUGACACACAAGAAAAUGCCCCAUAUAAAUGACUGCCGCAGAGGCUGUUACUUUGUUCUGGAUUGGCUCCAGAAGACCUACUGGUCCCGCCAGCUGGAGAACAGCCUGAGAGAAACCUGGGAGCUGGAGGAGGAUAGGGAAGAGACAGAUGAAGAAGACCAAGAGGAAGAUAAAAAUAUUGUAGUUGAUGACAUCACAGAACAGAAACCAGAGCCUAUGGAUAAAGGGAAAGGUGCAGAACUGGAUAUCAGGGUUGAUGGAGACAGUGAAGGCAACAAAGAGGUUGAUUCACAUUUGAAAAAGGCUCUGAGACAUAAAGAGCUAUAUGAAAGAGCCCGAGAACUGCUGGUCUCAUACGAAGAGGAGCAGUUUAAGGUGCUGGAGAAAUUUAGGCAUUUACCUCAGGCUGUUAAAGCAUGGAACAACCUGUCUCCACCUGUAGAAUGCAUCCUGGCAGAGCUCAAAGGCAUUACAUGUGAGAACAGGGAGGCUGUGUUGGAUGCUUUUCUGGAUGAUGGCUUUCUCAUCCCCACAUUUGAACAGUUGGCAGCUUUGCAGAUAGACUACGAAGAUGGUCAGACUGAGGUCCAGAGAGGGGAAGGUACUGACCCAAAAUUACACAAAAACGUGGACCUGAGUGACAUCCUGGUGCCAAAGCCAUUCUCUCAAUUCUGGCAGCCUCUGCUCAGGGGCCUGCACUCCCAGACCUUCACACAGGCCCUGCUGGAGAGGUUGCUCUCUGAGCUGCCAGCCUUGGGUGACAGCGGGAUCCGGCCCACCUACAUCCUCAGAUGGACCAUUGAACUGAUUGUGGCUAACACCAAGACUGGACGGAAUGCCCGCCGAUUUUCUGCAAGCCAGUGGGAAGCCAGAAGGAGUUGGAGGCUAUUCAACUGCUCUGCCUCUCUUGACUGGCCCCGGGUGGUUGAGUCCUGCUUGGGGUCCCCUUGCUGGGCCAGUUCCCAACUCCUUCAGCUCGUCUUCAAAGCCAUGGGACAGGUCCUGCCAGACGAGGAGCAGGAAAGGCUGCUGCGCAUCUGUUCCAUUUAUACCCAGACUGGAGAGAACAGCCUAGUACAGGAGGGCUCAGAGGCCUCCCCCAUCGGGAAGUCUCCUUACACAUUGGACAGCCUGUAUUGGAACCUCAAACCAGCUGGUUCCUUUGGAAUUGAAGGAGAACCCCAGCAGCAGGAGGAGCAGGGCCGCCUUAAUGAUCUCAAGAAAGAUGAAAAAGAGGAGAAAAAUCUGGAAGAGCAGGUGGAGGAGGAGGAAGAGGAAAAUGAUGACCAGAAGUGGGAGGAGGAGGAAGAAGAUGAAGAUGAUGAAGAUGAAGAUGAGGAGGAAGAGGUGGAGGAGGAAGAUAGAAUGGAGGUGGGGCCUUUAUCUACUGGAGAGGAGUCUCCCACUGCGGAGAAUGCCAGGCUUCUGGCCCAGAAAAGAGGAGCUUUGCAGGGCUCUCCAUGGCAAGUUAGCUCUGAAGAUGUACGAUGGGAUACCUUCCCCUUAGGCCUAAUGCCAGGUCAGACUGAGGACCCAGCAGAGCUUAUGCUGGAGAAUUAUGACACCAUGUAUCUUUUGGACCAGCCUGUGCUAGAGCAGCGGCUGGAACCACCAACAUGCAAGACUGGCACCCUUGGCUUGAACUGUGGUGUGGGCAGUGACAACUGCAGCAACAGUAGCAACAGCAGCAACUUGGAGGGCCUUCUCUGGAGCCAGGGCCAGCUGCAUGGACUCAAAACUGGCCUGCAGCUCUUCUGAUGCCCACACUGGUGCAAAGUGUUUCUCCAGCUCUGCUGCAGCAACAGCCCCUUCCCUUCCCCUGUUGUCCCCCUGCUCCUGGCCCCCACCAGUGCACCUGAUGCUCCAUGAAACAACCUGGGACACAGUCCCACUUCAGCCGUAUCAGCUCAGCUUUCUGCCACAAUGGAAUUUUGAAUGUUUUGGGGUUUUUUUAAGUUUUGUUUUGAAAAACAAUAAACAGGCAACUGUUAA